AGCAAGUCAUCCCCUGGCGGCUGAGGUUGUAGCGGCGAAUAUAGUUCAAGCUCUUUCACACUCUCCCAACACACUCACUCACUCACUCACUCUUUACUGUCCGUAUUCCCCUUUUCCUUUUUUUCCCACGAAGUUCUUGACUUUUAUCUCGUUAUCUCCGGGAGAGAGGAAAGGCAGAAUACAGCUAGGACUCGUAGGAGGAAUCCUUUCCUUUGCAGGAGAAAUAUCACUACCUUCCCCCCCUCCUUCUUAGCGGGAGGGGCGGCGGCGGAGGGAGCGAUGAGACGCUUUAUUUCUCUGCUUUGCCUCUGCAGUCUCUAUUGUUCUGUUGCCGCGGGAAACACAGACUCGGAUGGUCCAGAGGGGCGGCUGAAAGAUAAGAACUUAGCGGAGCAUCCCCAGACCAAUACAGUGCACCCUCCUACCAAGCCCUUGGUGAGGUUUAACGUCAGAACCUCCAGGGACCCAGAGCAUGCAGGCUGCUAUCUCUCCUGGGGCCACGAUCAACAUUUAAAAGACUGUGGUUUCAACACAACAGCAAAAACCUUCUUCAUCAUCCAUGGAUGGACGAUGAGUGGCAUAUUUGAAAAUUGGUUGUUCAAGCUCGUGUCAGCUCUCCAGAUGAGAGAACAAGAUGCCAAUGUGGUUGUGGUGGAUUGGCUGCCAUUGGCCCAUCAACUCUAUACGGAUGCUGUCAACAACUCCAGAGAAGUGGGUUCUAUCAUUGCCAAGAUGAUCAACUGGCUGCAGGAGAAGGAGCAUUUUUCUCUUGAGAAUGUUCACUUAAUAGGCUACAGUCUUGGAGCUCAUGUUGCAGGAUAUGCUGGAAACUUUGUGCAGGGGACCAUAGGCAGGAUCACAGGUUUGGAUCCAGCUGGCCCCAUGUUUGAAGGAACAGACAUUAAUAAGCGGCUCUCCCCAGAUGAUGCACACUUUGUUGAUGUCCUCCACACAUACACUCAUUCCUUUGGCUUGAGUAUUGGCAUCCAGAUGCCCGUGGGCCACAUCGAUAUUUAUCCCAAUGGGGGCGACUACCAGCCAGGUUGUGGGCUGAAUGACGUUUUAGGAUCACUUGCUUAUGGAACCAUCACUGAGGUGAUGAAAUGUGAGCAUGAACGGGCUGUGCACCUCUUUGUGGACUCUCUGGUGAACCAGGACAAGCAGAGUUUUGCCUUCCAGUGCACCGACUCCAAUCGCUUUAAGAAAGGCAUCUGCCUGAGCUGCCGGAAAAACCGCUGCAACAGCAUCGGCUAUAAUGCUAAGAAGAUCCGGCACAAAAGAAAUAGCAAGAUGUACUUAAAGACACGGGCUGGAAUGCCUUUUAAAGUUUACCAUUAUCAGAUGAAAAUUCAUGUCUUCAGCUACAAGACCAUGGGAGAAACAGAACCCACCUUCUUUGUUACACUUUAUGGCACCAAUGCGGAUUCCCAGUCUCUUCCUCUAGAAAUAGUGGAGCAGAUAGGUUUAAAUGCCACCAACACCUUUCUGGUGUACACUGAAGAGGACAUGGGCGAUCUCUUGAAGAUUAAGCUCUCCUGGGAGGGCACCUCUCAAUCCUGGUACAACCUGUGGAGAGAGCUGCGAAGCUACCUGUCAAAACCCCACAACCCUGUGAAGGAACUUCACAUUAGGCGCAUCCGGGUCAAAUCUGGAGAAACCCAACAGAAAUUGACUUUCUGUGUUGAAGACCCUGAGCAAACUAGCAUUGGUCCUGGCAAAGAGCUCUGGUUCACCAAGUGCCGGGAUGGCUGGAGAAUCAAAAAUCAGACCAGUUCGGCCAGAGAUCUGCUUUGAGGGUCUUUUUGGAAAUCAGCCCCAGAGACCCGCUGCCAUCCCACUACGCCGAGAAUGUGACUGCUGAGGAGCGAUCCUGAGGGAAAGGUCUCCUCUUGGCUGCUCACAGGAGGGCAGCUGCCGGCUGGGCACAGGUCCCCUUCUCUCCUGACUGCUGUCACGGCAGGCAGGAGGGGACUCAUCCAUUACUGCAACUACCCCUGCUACAUAGGCUAGCACUAACCCUCACUAAACACUCAGCGGACCCCGAACUGGGGCCGAGUGAGUCUCAGUUCUGUCUACCACCGUAACAUCUGUAUGCUUCUCCAUUUGAAGUUCCUGGAGAAUAUCGACCUGUGAUUUUAGCCACGGGGAAACUUAGCCAUUGUGAAGUGACCCUUAAUGGAUGUGGCUUGCCUUUACAGGAGACAUAGUAAAGGACACACAUAGAUGCCCAGGAUUCCCUGGCUGCUGGCUUUUCUCCUAAGGAUCCCUUCAGAAAAAAGUCUUUCUGACACGAUGGAAUACAUAGGAAAUGUUCUAUGCUUCCGCACAGAGGAGAAAUCACACUCAGAAGGGGAUGCUGAAGGGUUCUAGGCAGCUUUUGGUGGCAUUACCCCUGCUUGCCACAUUUGGGCCAUCCAGUCUCUUCUCACAUGCUCUUGCAGUGUCCAAAGGAUCAUUUACUUGUUUAUCCAACAGAUGUUUAUUGUGAGACUACCAAUCGUUGGUUGUAUGACAUCGAACAAGUCACUUCUGAGCCUUAGUUUCCUCCUCUGAAAGCGAGCUGGCUUUCUUUAGAUGGUCAAUAAUUCCCUUUCUAGUUCUGGUAUUCAGUGACUCCGGAGGGAUGCAAAUAUGCAGGAGACAUAUACCCCGAAGCCCCUAAUUGGUAUGUUUAUAUGACCUAUGGCAAAUAGUGUAUUGACACCAUCAAAGGUACUCUAGUGGCCUUUUUGUGUACUAGAAAAUAUAACUGGUUAAAUGUCAAAGCAAAUUUUUCACCAUUCUGAGGUCUGAAAGAUACUGCAUUUAUUAAGCAUAUCUAUUUAUUCAAAAGUCAGCACAGGUCAAGGAAACUUGGAUCCAGGAGCUAUAAAAUGAGUUAUUUAAAUCUUGAUUUUAUGUUGCACUUGAGACUCCCACCCCAAAUAGUUCAUAUUUCAGCUAUGCCUCACCAAUGCAGAAUUUCCUAGAAAGACUCCUAAAUUUUAGAUCUCUAAUAAUAACACAUCUUUGGGUUUACAUUUCUUUGUCAUUUUUAUACUUUUCAGAGAAUAUUACCACAUAUGACUGUAUUUGAUUCUUAUAUACGUUGAGGAGAGCAGACACUAUUUCCCCCAUUUUAUAGAUGAAGAAACUAAGAUUCAGAGAAGUUGGUGGUGUCACACAUCAUUUGGUUGUGGUACCACUACUAUAGCCCAGAGAUCCUGGCUCAUCCUUCAGGGCUUCUGUCUCUCUAUGUCAAAUGUUUGUAUCUGGGAUGGAAUUAUUCAGACUUUUCCUCUGGAAAUGCUCCAAGUAUGAGAGCAAGAGCUCUUUUCCAUUGUUACCUUGAAAGCCUCUAUCUGUUACUGGAAGGGGAUGGGAUGAUUUUUGAUCUCUUGGAAGGGAGAGAGAGAGAGAGAAAGAGAGAGAGAGAGAGAGAGAGAGAAGAGAGAGAGAGAGAGAGAGAGAGAGAGAGAGAGAGAGAAUAUGUCAGACAGACAGACAAACAAGACAUUGUUUGGGAACAGGAAGAGAGAUACUAAAUGGGAUUGGGCAUAUUUUCUAUGGCCUCUGGGUUUCUAGAGGACUGUGAUACCCUGCAUAAUGCCAAAGGUGUGUUUUUGUUUAGUGCAUAGGCUUUUAGAGAUGCCUUUCAGCCAGCUCUUCAUCCCAUAUGGAUUUCCCAUUUGUGUGUCUCUUUGAUUAGAUUUUGUCUGCUCUCUAACCAAAGCCAAGCUUGCAUUCUAAGCGGUCCAUCUUGCUUGAUAGGCUUUUGAUAAUGAAAGUCUCUGGAGGUGAUUUCCAGAAAACGGAUUCUCAUGGGCCAUGUAUUUAUGUAGUUGGCUUAAAGCCUUAUUUGUAUAUAAUGAUGUUUUGUAUGCUGCCUAGAACACUAUUUAUUUCUCAGGUGUAUAUAUGUACAAAGAAGAGAUAGAUGUUUUGGGUUAGUUAUUGCUUUGGGACUAACAUAUUUGAUACUUUUUUAAUAAAAUCCUGCAGAAAAAUAAUAAAACAUUUGAUUCUGAAAA